AUGAUCCCGCCCGAAGAUGGACCAGGGGAUGGUGACACGCUGACCAACACGGUAAGUGCACAGAGACUUUCUUUCACAGCAAAGAGCACAGAAGCUUACAGAGAUGGCUGCAUGGUGCAGGAGACAAGAGGACAAGGCAGCAUCCGCACCCCAGGCAGAGUGAGAGCUGCCCAGGUCUGCGGGUCCCCGGGACGGACAGCCACGCAAAGAGAGGAUUCCAGUGGACACAAGGAGCUCGCCUCAGCUCGGCCACCAUUGUCCCACGGCCUCUGGGCUGUGAGACUCUGCCACAGGGAGCCUGGGAAGGGGAAGCCCUUUAAGCUCCUAGGAAUUUUAGAUGUCGAAAGCAUUCCCUGUGCACGAGAUUCCAUCUUAUAUGGUUCAUUAGGAUCUGUUGUGGCUGGCCUUGGACAUUUUUUGUUAACUAGUAGAAUUAGAAGAUCAUGUGAUGUUGGAGUAGGAGGAUUUAUCUUGGUGACUUUAGGAUGCUGGUUCCAUUGUAGGUAUAAUUAUGCAAAGCUAAGAAUCCAGGAAAGAAUUGCCAGAGAAGGGAUUAAAAAUAAGAUUUUGUAUGAAAGUACCCACCUUGAUCCUGAAAGAAAACAAACCAAUGGCGGCAGCGGCGGCAGCACCUGAGCAGUCUUGAGCGUAGGAAACUCAGAUAAAACUCACUUCAGGGUGAACACAGCUGAGGUCAACUACAGAACACAUUUUAUGUACCAGAAGGCUUUCAAUCAAGUAAAUAAAGUACGUGUAAGCUGUA